GCACUUCCGCCCUCUCUUGAGAUGGCGCCAGCGGAAGGGGCGGGGAACCACCGUGGGGGUGAUGGCGGCGUCGAGGCUGGAGCUCAACCUGGUGCGGCUGCUGUGCCGCUGCGAGGUGAUGGCAGCGGAGAAGAGGGACCCAGACGAGUGGCGUCUGGAGAAGUACGUGGGAGCGCUUGAGGACAUGCUGCAAGCCCUGAAAGCCCAGGCGAGCAAACCGGCCUCCGAGGUCAUCAAUGAGUAUUCCCGCAAGGUCGAUUUUCUGAAGGGGAUGUUGCAGGCAGAGAAGCUGACCUCCUCCUCCGAGAAGGCACUAGCCAACCAAUUCCUGGCCCCUGGCCGCGUGCCCACCACAGCCAGGGAGCGGAUACCUGCCACGAAGACAGUGCAUCUGCAGUCACGGGCACGGUACACCAACGAGAUGCGGGACGAGCUGCUUGGCACGGACUCUGCCGGAGAGCCCGAGCUGGACGUGAGGAAGAGAACCGGGGUGGCAGGGCCCAGGCCAGGGAAUGAGAAGCAGUCGGCAGCCGAGUUAGACCUCGUCCUGCAGCGACACCAGAGCCUCCAGGAGAAGCUGGCAGAGGAGAUGCUAGGCCUGGCCCGGAGCCUCAAAACCAACACGCUGGCCGCCCAGAGUGUCAUCAAGAAGGACAACCAGACCCUGUCACACUCACUCAAGAUGGCUGACCAGAACCUGGAAAAGCUGAAGACAGAAUCAGAGCGGCUGGAACAGCACACACAGAAGUCGGUCAACUGGCUGCUCUGGGCCAUGCUUAUUAUAGUCUGCUUCAUCUUCAUCAGCACGAUCCUCUUCAUCCGGAUCAUGCCCAAACUCAAAUAAAGACCUGGCCUGGCCCGCCUCA